AUUCUUCCUCCACAAGACUACACUUAUAUAAGCAGAGCUACACAGAGACCAAAAGAUCAACAACAAAGAAGUGAUGGCUCAGAUGGCGAAAUCCAUGAUAGAAGUCGAGAUCAAUGUAUCAGCUGAUAAGAUUUUCCAAGCUAUCAAGUCUACUUCACGCAGCGUACCAAAACUAUCUCCAGAGAAAAUACUAAGCGUGGAGGAGCAUAUUGGUGAUGACUCUAAAGGCACCAAGAACUGGACUUUGUCUGUUGAUGGAAAAGUGGAGAAAAUGAAGGAGAGAGUGGUAAUAGACGAGGCAAACAAAUCGAUGACCGUGUUUGUGUUCGAAGGAGACGUGAUGGAGAAUUAUAGUAGCUUCAAAUGCAAUCUUCAGAUCAUACCAAAGCUUCAUGGAAGAAGUAUAGCAAGAUGGAGCUGGGAAUACGAGAAACUUAAUGCAGAUUCUCCAGCUCCGAACAAAUACAUGGAUUUUGCAGUCUAUCUCACUAAAGAUAUUGAAUCUAAUCUUCUCAAAACAUAGAGAUUAUAACAACGGUUGCUUUGCUUCUCUCUAAGCCAUGUGUGUGUGUUGUAUGUACCAACCAAAGUUAUAUGCAUAUAAAGUCUUGAGGGAAUUGUGUGAAGAUGUACUCUGAAUAAAUAUUUAAUCGGAUU